AUGGCUUCAAUCGGAAAAUGUACCCUUGCGGCAGGUGUUGCCAUGCAAGAGACGACGCUAACUCUCGCAAAUAUCAACUUUGAUUUUGCAAUCGUCAAGUUUCCAGCACCACUGGAGUUCACAGGUCUAGGAAACUCUCUUUUGAAAAAACGAAAGAAUGAGGCUGAGGAUGGGAGAUUUCAUCGUGCAUACGGGCAGCGUGCUUCGGAAAUCGCGGAGGAUCCUAAUUUUAACCCAACGGGUGCACAAGUCGAUGGACCCUUCAAACAGUUCGUUGGCGCCGAUGGCAGGUCUAUCUGGGCCGCAGCUACAUCCAGACAAGGUGCCCUGAGAGUCCAUCUACUUGCUUGCAUGUUAGCUCGCAUGUGGUCUGGCCCACAGGCAGUAUCUAUCUGGAGUGAACUAGUUGCAGGAAGGAAAGGAAUGUUCUUGGAACAAAUUCAGAAAGAGCAGUUCAAGCUAUCAACCAUGACCGCUUCCCAGAUCGAAAUCACCACCGAGGAACUUGCCGAAUGGGAUGCUAGUGCUCGCUCUGCAAGUCAAUUUCUUUAA